CUUACUCCAGAGGGCGGGAGCCUUGGACGUGGCGGGGCCGGGCCUGCCUGGGUGCUGGGCCUGGGCACUCUGCUCGGCCUCUCGGCAGCUUGCCUUCCGCGCCACCGUCAGGCUCCUGACAGGCCCCGUGAUUUCCCAGUUUGGGGCGGGUCAGGAGAAUGGCUUCGGAGAUGGAGUCGUCACUCGAGGCGAGCUUCUCGUCCAGCGGGGCGGUGUCAGGGGCCUCAGUGUUUCUGCCUCCGGCUCGCUCCCGCAUCUUCAAGAUAAUCGUGAUUGGCGACUCCAAUGUGGGCAAGACGUGCCUGACCUACCGCUUCUGCGCCGGCCGCUUCCCCGAUCGCACGGAGGCUACUAUCGGGGUGGAUUUCCGAGAACGAGCCGUGGAGAUUGACGAGGAGCGUAUCAAGAUCCAGCUAUGGGACACAGCAGGACAAGAACGAUUCAGAAAGAGCAUGGUACAGCACUACUACAGAAAUGUACAUGCUGUUGUCUUCGUGUAUGAUAUGACCAACAUGGCGAGUUUUCAUAGCCUACCAUCUUGGAUAGAAGAAUGCAAACAGCAUUUGCUAGCCAACGAUAUACCUCGGAUUCUUGUUGGAAAUAAAUGUGACUUGAGAAGUGCCAUUCAGGUACCCACAGACUUGGCACAAAAAUUUGCUGACACACACAGUAUGCCUUUGUUUGAAACCUCUGCUAAAAACCCCAAUGAUAAUGACCAUGUGGAAGCUAUAUUUAUGACCUUGGCUCAUAAGCUCAAGAGCCACAAACCAUUAAUGCUUAGUCAACCCCCUGAUGAUGGAGUUAUCCUGAAGCCUGAACCAAAGCCUGCAAUGACGUGCUGGUGCUAAAUAACAGUCUUUAUUAUAUUCGGUAAUUUUGACUAAAGAAAUACUUUUGAAGUAUGACAGUGAUAAGUCAUAGAAUUUAAUCUCAAAUAUAAUGGAUUGUCCUGACACUUUACUGUUUAUCAUUGUAUGCUUAUUUUUGUAUUUUGUAUGUACUUAAUCAAGUUUGUCACUGUGACAACACAAGGAAAAAGUUUUCAAGUGAGGUUGAAAUGGAGCAAAGUUAGGGUGAAUCAGAACAUCUUUCCACUGAGAUCCCAAUGAAGGAGGCUUCACGUGAGAGCAUGAUGGAAUUUUAAGUCAGCGAUUGUUUAAUCCUAUGUUUUGGGGAUUGAAAAAAAUAUAUUAAAGGUUAGUACACUCACUGGUAUGUCCUUUGAGUGGGAAGUGUUCUCAACAGGAUAAAAACUGAUAUUUGUGUCUCCCUGGAGUUCUUUCUUUGUAUUGUAAAAUUAAUGUAUUUAAUCGUGCUGUUAUUGGUGCAUUUUAGAGCCAAGACUUUAGUUCCAGUGGGAGAAGACCUAGAAUGUUUUCUGGUUCUCAGUCCAUAAAGAAUGACUUUUCCAGCAGUUUUAGAUGCCUCAUAUUUCUAAUCAAUAUCCUGAUGGUCUACAAAAAUCACUGUUAUUUUUUUAAAGGGUAAUUUGAAUUGUUUUCUUAACUAAAUUCUAUAAAAUAUGCAAAAGUAAAUCAGAUUUUAAUGCAAAUGAAAUGACAUAAUAAGGUGCUUUAUGCUUCACUUUGAUAUCUUUAAACCGAAAAACUGAAAGAUUUAAGGAGUUGUGAUUUGGGGGAAAUAGGUGAACAAGGUUCCUGGCUACCACAAGAGAUCUAUCUAUUCCUGGCUUUUAGUAAUUUCAGGCUGUGUAUCUGACAUAGUAUAUUUUGCUCUCCCCAACCCCUGUUCAGUUUAAUGCCUAAAGGCUGAAUUAGCAGAUCAUCUUCCCUUUGGAUUGUAGCUCUGAGGGCAUGCCCCUAAUUGCUAUGAGUCUACAUUUAUUUCUGUAAUAGUACUGUGUUACAGUAUACCUGUUGUUUAAAUCUUUAAAUUUUAUGGUCACAACAAAGUACUCCUCCUCAGUAUAAAGAAAAAAUUAGAUACUGAAAAAUAUCUAGCCUAUCCCUCCCUCAAUGGUGAAAAAAAUAUUUCAAAAAGUUUUUACCCUAAAUACUUUUAUUUUGAAUUUAAGAUUUUGCACAUAGAAAAUAGUAAGCUUGCAUAUAAAGCUAUUACAUGACUGGAAUGUAAGUCAUGAACUUUAACUGAGGUGUGCACAUUGACUAAUUCUGAAAGAUUGCUGAACUUAAUAAUUUUGGAAGAAACUAAGCCAAAAUGCGAUUAUACUUAAAAUCUUUUCAGAAUGUGGGAAACCAAUUAAACAUGUGAUCUGAUUUAGUUUAGGAGUUUUUGUUUAAUCGUCAUGGUGGUCCUGACUGGAUAAUUCAGUUAUAAAAACAAGAUAAUUCUAAUAAAUGAACUAACUGAAAGUAAUAAUUAUAGGAAAUAAUUACUCUGUUUUCCUUAGCUUAUGGAAGAACAGGUUUGCUUUGUUUUUAAGGAGAUUAAUCCAUGUUUCUUAUCCUGUUAGAAUUAAAAAUGAUUUGACUUUAUUUAAAUUAAUGUUGAUUUGUAACUUUUUAUAGUAAGCUGUUAUAAUUGUGGUGGGUGUAAUAGUUUUUUAAAGAAGGGAAUCUGUUUAUUGCUUAUCAAAACAUUUUCUAAAGUGAGAGAAGAAAGUUUACACACUUUCUAAGCACAUUUGUGUUUUUUUUUUUCAGUGCUAUUAUCAUUUUUUUAAACAAGUAAUUUAACUUCAUUUCUUUUUGUAAAGAAGUUAGUAGUAAAUAUCCUUUAAAGUUCUGUGAAAGGACAUAUUUUUUCACUUUAAUAUUUAUUUUUAAAAUAUUUGUAUCCCAUUUGCAGUGAUUCAUUGUUUUAAUUUUUUUCUACAUGUUUUUAUUUUUAAAAAGAACAUACUUAUCAGUUGAAUAGGGAUGAAGCUUUUAGAUAUUUUCCAAAAUAUUUAUAAAAUAUUUCACAAACUAUUGAGAAAUCACUUCCAAAAUGGUGGCUAUCAAACAACUAGUUACUAGUUUUUAAAGCAGAAAUCACACAUUUUUUAACUCCUGGGUGAAUUUAGUUUAACUGUGACCUUUAGUUGAAAACCUCAGAUAUGUUUUGGAAAAGUUGUAAUUUGAGAACACCAAAGGAAGCUAAUCCAGACUCUAAUGAAGUUAGCUAUUAAGGACAAUGCUUUAUUGACAGUAUAUUGCUAAUACAUUUCGUCAUGAAAUCUAGAGUUAAAUAAUUUUGUUGUGGAAUAGUGUCACUGUAACUUUGCCUCAUGAAGUUCAAUAAACCAACUUUGGCAUA